AUGGCACCAGCACUUGUACAACGUUACAAGUUGGUGCUCCAAGUGUACAGUGCCGAGGAGUUACAGCACUCGUCGUCUCAAGGCGCCUAUUGCAAGUUAUAUGUGGGAUCCACGACCAUGAUAGAGGGCAGUCAUAAGACCAUGAGCAAAAAAGACUCGACCGAUGUUGCCCCAUCCAACGAGGAACUAAACGAGGUCUGCCACCUUGAGGUUCGGCGCACGCGUACACAACAGCAGGGGCUUAACACAACGGCAUCAUUCAAAACCAUUUGGGACGAGAUGUUUGAAGUGCCGAUACGACCGGGGGUGGAGCUGGCGCGUCAGAUUGUAAGCAUUCGCGUCAAGAGCCAGCACUUACUCUUUUGCCCUGUGAUCGGGGCUUGCGCUGUCUCUCUUUCCAAUCUGUGUCCUGGAGAGAGAUUGAAGCAGUGGUUCCCGUUGCAAAAGGGCAAGAAAACUGCUGGUCGUAUCCGCAUCAUGCUACUGAUUGCACCAGAAGAUAACGCCUUAGUAGCCAGACGGAAGCAACCGAACCAAGAUGUGGUAGCAGCUAGAGCAGCCAACCACGAAGCUGAAGAAGCCAUUAAGAGGCUGGUAGACAAACAACUCAGAAAGGAGACCGAACGACGACAGAGACGACUCCAUCGGACGUCCAGUGGACCCCCAGUGGAGGUGAAACUACCAGCAUAUGAGCAAGAUAAUAAUCUCUUGGUUAUUGACAAGAGACACGAAAACGAAGAAGAUGCUACAUGGCCAUUGCCACCUAGUGUUUCGUCGCCUAAAUUUUUGUUACCGUUGGGUACUUCAACAGCUUCGAGGGGCAAUUGUCAGCAGGAGAAGACUUCUCAGUCGACUAACAAAGAACACAAUUUACUUGCAUCGCCAAUGUCAGAUUAUGAGCAACGGCUAGACAGGAAAGUGCGACAAGUGAGGAAGGAGACGGCAAGACUACGCAAGCUCAAAUUGCAGCUGAAGAAAUAUAUCCCGGAUUUGCAGAUGGACUCGGACUCGGACGAUUCGUUGGACUCAGAGGAGGAAACGGAGAUGUUGUCGCCGAGGCCACUCUUGUCAUUUGAGUCAGAGCGACAUUAG